CACGCCCAAUCAGUAAUCAGUUUACGUUGAUCCGAGCUGUCAUGCAGGGCGUUUGCAGCAAUAAUUUAGGAAACUGCGGUGGUAUUUAGUGUUUUAAUUUGGACUUUUGGUGCUAAGGGGAAACGAAAUAGGUGCCUGAGGCCCCGGAGCCGAAAAUUGACAAGGUGGCCAGCCAGAGCUGGUGAAAAGGGGCAGCUAUGACGACUGAUAUCAGUAUAGUGCGGUGGGAUCCCACCUUGCAGCAACAAAUCGAAGAGGACUAUGAAUAUGAUGGAGGAAACUCUUCUUCAAGACUGUUUGAGAGGAGUAGAAUUAAGGCUUUAGCAGAUGAGCGUGAGAGUGUUCAAAAGAAAACCUUCCAAAAAUGGGUAAACUCCCACCUGGUGCGGGUUAACUCCCGCAUUGUAGACCUUUACACAGACCUUCGGGAUGGAAAAAACCUGAUCAAACUCCUUGAAGUUUUAUCUGGUGAACGUCUACCUCGCCCUACCAAAGGCAAAAUGCGUAUCCAUUGUUUGGAAAACGUAGAUAAAGCUCUGCAAUUCUUAAAAGAGCAAAGGGUGCAUUUGGAAAACAUGGGAUCACACGAUAUCGUAGAUGGAAAUCCCAGAUUAUCGUUGGGGUUAAUUUGGACGAUAAUCUUACGUUUCCAGAUCCAGGACAUUACCAUCGAGGAAACCGAUAAUCAAGAAACAAAGUCUGCGAAAGACGCUUUACUUUUGUGGUGUCAAAUGAAAACUGCCGGGUAUCAUAAUGUGAAUGUGAGAAAUUUCUCCACUUCAUGGAGGGACGGGCUGGCAUUUAAUGCCCUAAUUCAUAAGCACAGACCGGAUUUGAUACAAUUUGAUAAGUUAUCCAAGUCUAACCCUAUUUAUAAUUUAAAUAAUGCCUUUAACGUCGCCGAAGAUAAGCUUGGCUUGACAAAAUUGUUGGAUGCUGAAGAUAUUUUUGUGGAACAACCAGAUGAAAAAUCCAUUAUCACUUACGUGGUGACGUACUAUCAUUACUUCAGUAAGAUGAAGCAAGAGACAGUGCAGGGCAAACGUAUCGGUAAAGUUGUUGGAAUCGCCAUGGAAAAUGAACGAAUGAUCAAAGAGUAUGAAGGUCUUACAAGUGAUUUACUUGCAUGGAUUGAAGCGACUAUUGCAGCUCUAGGCGAACGAGAGUUUGCAAACAGUUUGGUCGGGGUACAGCAGCAGCUAGGACAGUUUAGUAACUACCGAACCGUAGAAAAACCACCGAAAUUCGUGGAAAAGGGAAACCUAGAAAUUCUAUUAUUUACCCUUCAGUCAAAAAUGCGUGCUAACAACCAACGUCCAUACACUCCAAAGGAGGGCAAAAUGAUUUCCGACAUCAACAAGGCCUGGGACAGAUUAGAAAAGGCCGAGCACGAGCGAGAACUAGCCCUUAGAGAAGAACUGAUUAGGCAAGAAAAACUUGAACAAUUAGCCGCUCGUUUCAACCGUAAAGCCAGCAUGAGAGAAACCUGGCUCAGCGAAAAUCAACGAUUAGUCUCGCAAGACAACUUUGGUCAAGACCUUGCGGCAGUAGAAGCGGCUGCCAAGAAGCACGAAGCAAUCGAAACUGACAUUUUCGCUUACGAAGAACGUGUACAAGCGGUCGUGUCCGUCGCCGCCGAACUAGAAGCCGAAAACUACCACGAUAUGGAGCGUAUUAACGCUAGAAAAGACAACGUACUGCGCCUCUGGAAUUACUUAUUGGAAUUGCUUAGGGCACGUAGAAACCGACUAGAUUUGUCGUUGCAGUUGCAGCAAAACUUCCAAGAAAUGCUGCACAUUUUAGAUGCCAUGGAGGAAUUGAAGGCCCGAUUACUGGUGGACGAUUACGGCAAACAUUUGAUGGGAGUCGAAGAUUUGCUUCAAAAACACAAUCUGUUGGAGGCCGAUAUUAAUAUCUUGGGCGAGAGAGUCAAGGCGGUAGCUAGUCAGAGCCAGCGAUUUGUAGAUGAGAACGAUGAGGGCUAUAGGCCAUGCGAUCCACAAUUGGUGUUGGAUCGGGUACAACAACUAGAAGAAGCAUAUGCCCAAUUGGUGCGUUUGGCUGUCGAACGCCGUUCUAGACUAGAAGAGAGCAGGAAAUUGUGGCAAUUCUAUUGGGAUAUGGCAGAGGAAGAUAAUUGGAUCAAAGAGAAGGAACAAAUCGUUUCGACCUCCGAUAUUGGACACGAUUUAACUACAGUGAACUUACUUCUGAGUAAACAUAAGGUUCUUGAAAAUGAACUGUCUGCGCAUGAGCCGCAAUUGGAAGAAGCAUUAAGAGUUGGCGAUGAGCUGAUACAGUCGGGCCACUUUGGAGCCGAAAAGAUCCAGGAAAGUUUAACACAGAUCCGCGAUGCCUGGAAGCACCUGCUGGACUUGGCUGCAUUCAGACGUAAACGGUUGGAAGAAGCUGUUGACUAUCAUCAACUGUUUGCUGACGCAGAUGAUAUCGAUAUCUGGAUGUUGGAUACUUUACGGUUGGUUUCUAGCGAAGAUGUGGGACGUGACGAAGGAAACGCUCAAUCAUUGCUAAAGAAACACAAAGAUGUCACGGACGAGCUUAAAAAUUACGUUAGUGUAAUUGAAACUUUACAUCAACAAGCCGAUGCACUUGGGCCGGAGGUCGCCAACUCGCCAGAGGUGUCGCAAAGACUUGCUUCAAUCGACAAUCGUUACAAAGAACUGUUGGAGCUUGCCAAAUUACGCAAACAACGUCUAUUGGAUGCCUUGUCACUGUAUAAACUCUUAUCUGAGAGCGAUGGAGUGGAACAAUGGAUCAGCGAGAAGGAUCGCAUGUUACAAACGAUGAUCCCGGCAAGGGAUAUUGAGGAUGUAGAAAUAAUGAAGCAUCGUUACGACGGAUUUGAGAAAGAAAUGAACUCCAAUGCAUCGAGAGUUGCUGUGGUCAAUCAACUUGCAAGACAAUUGUUGCAUGUGGAACAUCCUAACUCUGAACAAAUCACUGCCAGACAAAAUCAAUUGAACCAGAAAUGGGCUGAGCUACGUGAAAAAGCCGAAGCGAAACGCGAGGAGCUCAAUUCGGCACACGGAGUCCAAACCUUCCAUAUUGAGUGUCGUGAAACCACUACUUGGAUUGAGGAUAAGGUCAGGAUCUUGCAAGAAACUGACAGUCUUGAAAUGGAUUUGACAGGAAUCAUGACGUUACAGAGGAGGUUGAGUGGUAUGGAAAGGGACCUGGCUGCCAUCCAAGCUAAAUUAAACUCUCUACAAAAGGAGGCGGAUUCCAUUGAAGGCGAACAUCCCGAAGAAGCCGCCGUAAUCAGGGAAAGAAUCGUGCAAAUCCAAAUUAUUUGGGAGCGACUCACACAAAUGCUUAAGGAGCGUGAUGCUAAACUGGAAGAAGCGGGAGACUUGCAUCGUUUCUUGCGCGAUCUCGAUCACUUCCAGACCUGGCUCACUAAAACUCAAACCGACAUCGCUUCGGAAGAUACUCCCAGUUCUUUGGCUGAAGCUGAGAAGCUGCUAUCUCAACAUCAAGCCAUUAGAGAGGAGAUCGACAACUACACAGAUGAUUAUACAAAGAUGAUGGAGUAUGGAGAGAAGAUAACAGCUGAUCCCAGUACGCAAGACGAUCCGCAAUAUAUGUUCUUGAGAGAGCGUUUGAAGGCUUUGAAGGACGGCUGGGCAGAGAUCCACCAGAUGUGGGACAAUCGACAACAUUUGUUGUCUCAGUCAUUAAGUUUGCAGUUGUUAGAACGCGAUGCCAGACAAGCCGAAGUGCUUUUGAACAAGCAAGAGCACACAUUAAGCAAGGAUGAACUGCCAACCAGUCUAGAACAAGCAGAAAAUCUCUUAAAACGUCACGAAGCAUUUUUGGCUACCAUGGAAGCUAACGAUGAGAAGAUUAACCUGGUCGUGGACUUUUCUAGACGAUUAUGUGAUGAAGGUCACUUUGCCUCAGAUAGAAUUGGUAAACGCGCGGACAAUCUGGACGAGCGUAGACUGGCCAACAAAGAAAAGGCUCAGGCGUUAUUCGAGAGGCUCCGCGAUCAACUGGAGCUGCACCAGUUCCUACGCGACUGCGACGAAUUAGGUGAAUGGAUCCAAGAGAAGCAUAUCACUGCCCAAGAUGAGACUUAUCGCUCCGCUAAGACGGUACAUUCCAAAUGGACUAGACAUCAGGCUUUUGAAGCGGAAAUUGGAGCUAAUAAAGAACGUUUGUUAAACCUCCAACAUGCCGGAGAAGAGUUGGCAAAAGAAAAACCAGAGUAUGCGAACGUAAUCAGUCCGAAAAUCGAAGAACUUGCUGAUCAGUUCGAUGUCCUGGAACAAACCACUAAAGAGAAGGGCGAGAGGCUGUUUGAUGCCAACAGGGAGGUGUUGAUUCAUCAAACUUGUGACGAUAUCGAUUCUUGGAUGAACGAACUGGAAAAACAAAUAGAGAGCGACGAUACCGGAUCGGACUUGGCUUCCGUAAAUAUUUUGAUGCAGAAACAACAAAUGAUCGAGACUCAGAUGGCCGUGAAAGCCAGACAGGUGGAUGAAUUGGAAAAACAAACGAAACACUUGGAAACGGCCGCACCAGACAAAGACAUCAACGAAAUCAAAGUCAAAAAAUCCAAGGUGGAGCAACGAUUCGAACUGAUCAAACAGCCACUGAUCGAACGACAACGCGUUUUAGAAAAGAAAAAGGAGGCAUUGCAGUUCCGCCGCGACGUCGAAGAGGAAUUGUUAUGGAUCGCCGAAAAGAUGCCCCUAGCGAAUUCCACCGAGUACGGCAACAAUCUGUUCCAAGUGAACACGUUACAAAAGAAAAAUCAAUCGUUACAAACGGAAGUUGAAAACCACGAGCCUCGCGUGAACACCGUCUGCAAUAACGGACAAAAGUUGAUUGACGAGGGACACGAAGACUCGAACGAGUUCAGCAGGUUGAUCAACGAGCUGCACAAGGCAUGGCAGGAAUUGAAGGACGCGAUAGAGAAGAGGAGGGAGAAUUUGCUGAGGAACGAGAGGGCGCAGCAAUAUUUGUUCGAUGCCAACGAGGCCGAGAGUUGGAUGAGCGAGCAGGAGUUGUAUAUGAUGGUCGAAGACAGAGGGAAAGACGAAACAAGCGCUCGCAAUUUAAUGAAAAAACACGAGAGCCUCGAGGCCGCAGUGGAGGCCUACGCGGACACUAUACGUUCCUUGGGUGAAACCGUCAAGGCGCUCACGCUCGAGGGUCACCCAUUAGCCGAACAAGUCACGGUCAAACAAUCACAAUUGGACAAACUCUACGCUGGUCUCAAAGAUUUAGCUCAGGAGCGUCGGGCGAAGUUAGACGAGGCCCUCCAACUGUUCCUUCUCAACCGGGAUGUAGGUGAUUUGGAGCAAUGGAUCGCCGAUAGGGAGGUGGUUGCCUCGAGUCACGAAUUGGGUCAAGAUUACGACCAUGUGACCCUCUUGUGGGAGAGAUUCAAGGAGUUCGCUCACGAUACGGAAACAAUUGGCAGCGAACGAGUGGCUCAGGUGAACGAUAUCGCGGACUCACUUAUUUCCACCGGUCAUUCUGACUCGGCAACGAUAGCCGAGUGGAAAGACGGACUUAAUGAGGCAUGGCAAGAUUUACUCGAGCUGAUCGAAACUAGGACUCAAAUGUUGGCCGCCUCUAGGGAGUUGCACAAGUUCUUCCACGAUUGCAAAGAUGUUCUCAGCAGGAUUUUGGAGAAACAGGUGGCGAUGUCCGACGAACUGGGCAGAGACGCUGGGUCUGUUUCCACUUUACAGAGGAAACAUCAAAAUUUCCUGCAGGAUUUGCAGACGUUAUCGAGUCAGGUCGGACAAAUACAAGAGGAGAGCGCUAAGUUGCAAGCCAGUUAUGCUGGAGAUAGAGCCAAAGAGAUCACCAAUAGGGAACAUGAAGUUGUGUCGGCUUGGGCGAACCUUCAAGUGGCAUGUGACCAACGCAGAGCCAAACUGGCCGACACCGGUGACCUCUUCAAAUUCUUCAACUUGGUGCGCACGUUGAUGCAAUGGAUGGACGACGUGGUAAGACAGAUGAACACCAGCGAAAAGCCGCGUGACGUCGGCGGUGUCGAGCUGCUGAUGAGCAAUCAUCAAUCGUUGAAAGCGGAAAUCGAUGCGAGAGAAGACAAUUUCACUUCGUGCAUUUCUUUGGGGAAGGAGCUGCUUAGCCGAAAUCAUUAUGCCAGUGUCGAGAUUACUGACAAGUUAGUGACGUUGAACGGACAUAGGGAGGCGUUGGUGCAACGGUGGGCAGAAAGAUGGGAGAACUUGCAAUUGAUUUUGGAAGUAUAUCAGUUCGCGAGAGACGCGGCUGUCGCAGAACAAUGGUUGAUCGCCCAAGAGCCCUAUCUGAUGAGCACCGAAUUGGGACAAACUAUUGACGAUGUGGAAAAUCUUAUAAAGAAGCACGAGGCCUUCGAAAAAUCCGCUGCAGCGCAAGAAGAACGGUUUAGCGCUUUGGAACGACUAACUACUUUCGAAAUUCGCGAAAUGGAACGACGUGAAGCCGAAGCUUUAGCCGAGCGACAACGAAAAGAAAAAGAAGAAGCCGAGCGACGAGCGUUAGCUGAAGCUGCCGCCGCCAAAUCGAAGGACCCCGAAUCAGUUUCGUCUGAUAGACCUGAUGCUGGCGCAACUGCUGCCGAAGAAAGACCUGUGCAUGGAACGUCCCCUCGGCCCCAAAGUAUCGGAGGUAUGAGUCCCUCGACUCCUAAAGGAUCUAGUAGUCCUAGAUCGCAAACACUCUCGAGAUUCGAAGAGAAAUCGAAACGUAAAGACCGUUCAAGAAGUAAAUCGCCAUUCAGGAGCUUCAGGUGGAAGAAAAGCAGCCCCAAAACGCUCUCGGGAGCCCACAGUGACGACGAGGGAGUUUUGGCAUCGAGACAAGAAGGAUCUAGCCCAGAUGAUGAAGGUUUUGAGGGCAAUUUAGUAAGGAAACAUGAAUGGGAAAAUACAACUGUCAAGGCAACUAAUCGAUCGUGGGAUAAGGUUUACGCGGUUUUACGAGGUAGUAAAUUAUACUUCUACAAAGACGCGAAAACGGCCAAGUCUACCCCCGACCAGCGAUUUAAGGGCGAGGCCCCGUUACAGUUACACGGCGCAAACGCGUCAAUUGCUUCGGAUUAUAAGAAGAAAAAACACGUAUUUAGAUUGAAGUUAGAAAACGGCGGCGAUUUUCUAUUCCAGGCGACGAACGACGCCGAAAUGUCGACGUGGAUUUCGCAUUUAAAUGCGCACGCCGAUCCCACGUCAGCCUCAGGUCCGUCGCGCUCUCAAACGCUGCCUGCCUCCGCUCAAAAGGAGGAUCAGAAACGGCGCAGCUUUUUUACAUUAAAGAAAACAUAAAUUACCACUGACGCUGCUUUAAAUGCUAGUACGUGCUAGGUUAAUCGAGAAUUAAGAUUUUAAUGGAGCUAUAUUUCCUUCUUCACUAAUUUUACCACGCUUUAUCUGACUGGUCUCAGACGAAACAAAUACUUUCCUGUCUUCUACUUUGCAUCAAACGGAAAAAGGAAACGCAAACCCGUUAGCGUUAUGAAAAUAAUUAAUGUUAACUUUUCUUUAUGUCUUGUAGAAACUGCACUAUAGAAUUUUCGAUGUAUAGUACAUACCUUAUAACGAUAAUGUGAUUUUUAUAUUAAUUAUUGAUAAUAUGAUAUUUCAGUGGGGUGAGGCAGCUCCACUAGUCAAUAUGGCUUUUUCGGGGUCUUAAAAAUACUCUUUCUUGUCAGCAGCAGCAGCUAACCUUUAAUGCCAGUGUAUUUAUUAUUAUUAGUAUAAUCGAAGAAUAAAUUAAAUACAUAAUAAUAAAAUGUUGUUAUAGAAGAUUGGGUUUCUAAAGAGAAACUAAUAACUGUAUCUUGAUAACUACUUGUAUUUGAUAAUAUCGACAAGUGUAUUUUUAUGUUACGAUCUUAAAUUUUUUAUUUUUUGUUGCGAUAUAGGUUUAUAUGAUUAUAUUUAUAAGUGUAAUAGUUUGCUUAGCGGAAGAAGGUGACAGUCAUUUAAAUAAUAUUUACAUAUAUCUUCUUUACGUCUUCGUUUAUUUGUAUUUUGUAGAGUUACGUCUAUUUUACAUAAUUAUAUUACUGUCGUCGCCGUCGCUUUUAAAUUACAAAUGGAGUUAUAAUAAAAAAUAAAUAUUGUUUUUGGUAAUAAA